CGCCUGCGUCCGUAUUUACUCCUGCGCGCGCUCUAGCUUCCGCCGCGCACGGCACUCGGUGGCAGCGCCCGGCGUCCGCGGACUGCUGCGCUUGUGCGGACUGCCGCACUUCGCGUUGCUUUGUAGAACCGUGCGCCGUUUUGACACCGCACUUUGUGGAGAAUGCGGAAAUCAGCGCAACAGUGUCGGUUGGCUGCUUUCUUCAAAUGAUGGACUACGCUGAAGGUGAAAGAUGCCUUACGUAUUGGCAGCCAACAACACAUAUCAUCACCGAAUUUCCGAGAGAAGAACUGCUACAAAUCUACCGAGAACCAAGUACAGUAGCCUUCAGGUUACUUCACGUGCAGGAAUGCUGACUGCAGGUGGGAAUGAAAAGUGGAAUCUGUAGACAAAGAAAUUCUGAGGAACUGCUCGCACUCUAAGUAGCUAAACUGAACAAUGGAAAGAGUAAUAAGGGAUUGUUAUUUAAUUAUGUACUUCUGGAAGUUUAAAAGUACUACUGAGAAUAGUCAUCUGACGUUCGCGCACAAUAUUCUGUGGCAAGUAGAGGAUGAUCGUGGAGUAGAAAUGGUGAAUUAUUAGGAGAAGAGGGGGGAAAAUUUUGGUGGAGCAGGUGGUGCCGGUGUUUCCGAAGAGAGCUGUGCGACGGGAGUGAGCAAGAAGGCGCCAGCAUGAACGACAGCUCGUGCUCGCAGUCCAAUGCCAGCAGCACGGACGGACAGCUGCUCUUCGAGUUCGUGGCGUACGGCGUGCUGCUGAACCUGAUCGGUAUCUUCGGGAUCGUAGGCAACAUCAUUUCGAUGAUCAUACUAUCGCGGCCACAGAUGCGCUCGUCCAUCAACUACUUGCUGAUCGGGCUGGCGCGCUGCGACACCGUGCUGAUCGUGACGUCGGUGCUGCUGUUCGGGCUGCCGGCCAUCUACGGGUACACGGGGAUGCUGAUGGCGUACUUCUACUACGUGUACCCGCUCGUGGCGCCCAUCGUGUUCCCCGUGGCACUGAUCGCGCAGACGGUGUCGGUCUACCUGACGCUGACGGUGACGCUGGAGCGCUUCGUGGCGGUGUGCCACCCGCUGCAGGCGCGCUCGCUCUGCACGUACGGGCGCGCGCGCCUCUACGUUCUGCUCAUCCUGGCACUCGCCACCGUCUACAACCUGCCGCGCUUCUGGGAGGUCACGCACGUCGAGGACUUCAGCCCCAUCACCAACUCCACCAUCUACACUGUGGCGCCCACCUCCCUGCGCGACAACCGCAUCUACAUCUCAGUCUACAUACACUGGCUCUACUUCAUCUUCCUCUACAUCCUGCCGUUCGCCUGCUUGGCCGUGCUGAACACCGCAAUAUACCGUCAGGUGAGGAAGGCCAACCAAGAACGGCAACGCCUGUCCCGGCUGCAGAAGAAGGAGAUUGGGCUCGCGACGAUGCUCCUGUGUGUCGUCAUCGUCUUCUUCCUCUGCAACAUCCUCGCUCUGGUAAACAACAUUCUGGAGGCAUUCUACUGUAUAAACAUCGACCAGCUGGUCAAAACGAGCAACCUGCUCAUCACCAUCAACUCGUCGGUGAACUUCGUGAUCUACGUAAUAUUCGGGGAGAAGUUCAAGCGUCUGUUCCUGAAGAUGUUCUGCUCGCACGGCCGGUGGCUGGGCCACGGGGGCCGCGACUCGCCGGACGGCACGCACGACGACAGCCUCGUGUCGAAUGGCGACGGCCGCCACUACUCGAUCCGGCUGCAGCGCAGCGUCACCAGACACGCUAGCCGGCGCCAGGGGCCACGCGCCCCCUCGCCUGGGCCCUGCGUCUAUUAUCCCAAGCGCACCCACGAGUGGGACGCCACCACCUCCACCACCGUCAACAAGCUGUGAGGUGGGCAUCGUCGGUCAGAGUCACGUGACCGUGUGGUCUACCCGAAUUCCACCACGACAGGAAUGCCACCUCCCCCACCAUCAUCAAAAAGUUGUGAGGAGGACAGCGUUAACCAUAGUCUACUACUCAAAGCACAGCCUCGAGUGUUGCAAAACCACCUUCAUCCCUGUCAAUAAUCAGCGAGGGGGGCAGCGUCAGUCACAACCUUAUCCCAGUAGUAAAUACCCUAAGUACAACCAUCAAAGUGAUGCCAGUACAUCCUCCACCAUCAACAAGCGGUGUGUUGGUCAUCGUUGGUCACAAUCAUUUCCCGUGACUACCCCAUGUGCAGCCACGACGGCCACCACCGUCAACAAGUUGGGAGGAGGGCAGCAUCGACCAUAGUCUACUACCCAGAGUACAGCUCUGAGUGUAAUGCCACCACCCCAACACAGUGAAUAGUCUCUGAGUAAGGUAUCAACAGUCACAACCCUCACACCAAGUCAAAAAUCCUACCUGCAGCGACAAGAGUGAUACCAGUACGUCCACCGUCGUCAAAAUGUUGCAAGGUGAGCAUCAUCAGUCACAAUCGUGUCCUUGUGUCGGCUACCGUAAGUGUAGCCCUGACAGGAAUGCCACCUCACCUCCACUGUCAAAAACUGUGAGGACGGCAGCACCAGCCAUAGCGCAUUGGUCGAAGUACAGCCUCAGUUGUGACGCCACCACGACCUCCACCACCGUCAAUAAUUUGUGAACUGGGCAGAACCAGUCACGACCCUGACCUCAUGUCAGAAACCCAAAGUGCAGCCAUGAGAGUGACGCUAGAACCUCCACUACAAUCAUCAUGGACGCGACCAUCCGCAAGACCGUUAACAAACUGUGAAAAGGGUACCAAUUCUAGACACUCACUGUGGUGUCGAUUUUAAAGCGGUACCUUAUCACCACUAGACACAAGCAUUGUACCAAUAUUUAGUUAUCAUUUAUCACAAUGUUACUUAUAUUGACUGAGAUACUAUAAAAUCAUUUCCAUUGUGAUGCCCCCUCACAACUUAUUUGAAAUCAUUCCCAAAUUGUUUCUGAAACAAUGUUCAACUCCACUGGAUCCUCACUAAUAUAUUUUUGUGAUGUCAUAUGUUAUGACGUCAUCCGUUACUAUGUCGCCAUGAAAUAACUGCAUCGCUGUAAAGACAUUUCUUUGGUGAUCCCUCCCAGAACACCUGGAGGAACUGGUCCAGAUUGGAAUAAUUGAGCAGAUUCGAUACCCAAUAUCGGUGACUCUGCCUCCCCACCAUGUCAGUUUCAAAACGAUGCCCUCGUCCACUGUAUCCCAAAUAGCACAUAUUCGAGAAAUUAUUUAUUUCAUCUCCAUCCAUCACAAUAUCGCUGUUUAUUUACUGAAACAUGGUCACGUCAUGUCUAUAGUGGUCCAAUGCACAUCACGUUUAAGAUCAAGUUCAUGUGAAAGUACUAUGGGAGGUAAAAUACUCAAAAACAGGGACCAUGUCUCCCCGCAAAAUGACUUUUAAAUGACAGCAUACUCCACUGGUCCAUCCAUAGAAUACAUUACUGGCACCAGAUGAUAUGUCGUCAUCCAUCACAAUCAUUGAGAUACUGUAGCGUAGUUUCUGUAGUUAUCCUGCAACAUCUCAUUUGAGAUCUUGUCCUUAUUUGUGUGUACUUGGACAGAUACAGCAGAGAACGUCAUGGACCACCUACACCUUCUGCAGUGGUGUCUCAUGCAACCUACAGAAGAAUUGCCAAAAUGUCGAAGGUCCACUAACCACCAACGCCUCAUCAUACUGUUAAUUUAUUAAUUUUAUAUUCUACAUGUGGAACUAUUGCAGUUAGCUCGGCGAAUCAAAGAGACGUUCUGCGGCAGCGAAUGGCGUCUCUUUGGUUACCGCUCUGAAGUUUCCACCUUAUCUGACUCAUCUCGCCAAUGCGUCCAUAGCUGAUAACUGCAGACCCUGUGUGACACUAUAGUGUUGCCAUCACUACCCUCUUAUUUCCAUAUCAAGUGUACUCUUCUUAUCUUCAUUUGCUACCACACGAGCAUACACCGCCGGGUGCAGCAAUCAACGUGACACAUUCCAUUCCAGGUCAAUGACUUUUCAUAAGUGCAAUGUAAGGGAUGAACAGAACGUAAAAGAUAACCUUUCCAUUAGUGCUGUUGCCGCUGAUGUCACAGAGAUAAGGUGAAAUUAAAAGGCAUAUAAAUUAAAUGGACACCCAAUAAUUUCCUUUACAACAUUUUCCUCAACGUUCACCUGAUGAACAACAGUAAGGACCCGUUCGUUUUUCUCCCUUGAAAUACCCUUUCUCCUAUUACAAAAUGAACCAUGAAAGGCUCAACGAAACCCAGUGCAAAGUAUUUACAGCCAGUUUGUGAUACAGGGCUCAUUAAUCGAGUAGUAAGGAACUCGUUUAACUUCACUUAUGUCACAGUGGGAAAUGGCGAGAGUGACAAGAGGCAGGGAUUCAAAGUGUCGAAAUUUAAGAACACUGUGCACUCUUAGAAUUGCAGCUCACUCUAUUUAAAACCUACCAGUUAACCACGUGUAUUAAAUUUAGCUCUGUACCUUCUAUAGGAAUCCUAUCUAACUGGUGAAGCCUCCAAAACAUCAAGCUGCCGUGAAACAUCAUCUAAGACAUGUACGUGGGGCGACUCAUCUUUCAUGUCGGCAAGCAGAAGAGUCUAGCAUUAUGCGAGAAACUGAUUGCCGAUAUGAAAGAUGAUAAGCCCCACGUAAAUACGUCUUAGUUCUAAAAGCUACUGAGAAGUGUGAAAUAUGUUUGUCAAGAGAAGAGGACUCUAGUUGUUUCAUUUAUGUGACUGCUCAACUAAAUACAAUAAGCCAAACGCGGAUGCUGCAUUUAAAUACUGUUGUGGUACAAUAGCCAACAUUCUACAAAGUCGAGACAUGAGCACUGACGAGAUUUAUGUCUUGUGUGGUGUAUUAAUAGGAUAAUGUGAAACCCAUUUUUAGUAAGACACAGGAAGAACGCAGGUGUACUGUCCACAUGGAAGCCCUACGAGCACUAUACAUUCCUUCGCACUGUGACAUCCGUAUGUUGCCACGAUUUACGGUACUUCCCUUGAUAUUAUUUCACUAUAUCACUAAUUGUGUGUGUGUAUGUGUGUGUGUGUGUGUGCGCGCGCGCUCGCGCGCGUCAGGAGGAGUAUGAUAACUGAGGGAACAGAAAUUACCUUAAUCUGUGUAAGGUCAUGUGUGGUUUUGUCGUUCGUAAAAAAUCGCUAGAAUCACAAUAUGCUAAGGCUCAUUCUUAAGCAAUUAUUUAAUUUCUUUGGAAUUAGAUUCUUUCGUGUUACAUUUUUCGCUAUUAACGUUCUAAGCAGAGACAGAGACCCAUUUAUGUUAUUAUCUCGACUGUGGGUAACAGGAUACUAUCCGUCUGUAGAGGGUGUCUCUCCUUAGAGUCAUCAAGUGCAUUUUCUCUGCUGUUUGAGAAGAUAAUUCCAAUUUAGUUGUUGCAUUGUGUUCCUGGAGCCAGCCCAAACAAAUAGUGAUCGUUACGUCUUUCACGCGACACCCAACGUCAACA